AUGACUGGCGUGGCAUAUCUGAAUAAUCAAUCGUGCGUUGCUAUAUUCGACUCAUUCCACCGGAAGAGUAAUCUUACUUGGCCAUGCGUUGCAUCAUCUUGCGGUGACAUUCACAAUAUAUGCGAUCCAUUCCGAUUGAAGAGUGAUUCGAAAGAAUGUGAUAUCUGGAACUACGAGCUGGUUUGUGAAGGUAAUCGCACUGUUCUAUACUUAAAAGGUGGUAGAUACUAUGUGCUGUCUAUCGAUUAUUCCAAUAGCCAAAUCAGAUUGGUAGAUGACGGGAUUCACAAGGGCAAUUGCUCGUCUCUCCCCCAUCACUGGCUGACACAUGACGAUAAGCCCCUUGACCUACUGCACUCGAUGAUAAGUGACCAUAAGAUCUUUAAUGUGCCGUACGAGGUAAUCAAUAGAGUGGUCAUUGUCAACUGCUCAAAGCCGGUUAAUUCUUCAUUCUACAUCACUAUUAAUCCAUCAUGCACUGUGGGCUUGUAUUCUUCCAACACAUCAUCAAGUUGGAAGUUGUAUGCUUUGGCCAAUCCAAAAGCAUCAGAUACUAGGCACUUUUGCACCAUUCUCAGUGGGACCUGGGUAAAUGAGCAGAUAAAUAUUAGCCUCCUCAACUACGAGCAAAUCCAUAACAUCAUGGCCAAUGGAUUUCUUCUCGACUAUCCUAUCCUGGAUGCCGACGAUGCGACUAACUCCACUUGUGCACUCACACUCAAUUUCCAUUCCAUCCUCACGGGUCAGAAUAUUAAGAAGAUCACUGCAAAUUUUAAGCAUAAACUUGGAGAAGGGGGAUAUGGUUCCGUGUACAAAGGAACACUCCAAAGCGGCAAUGAAGUGGCCAUCAAGAUUUUGAAGCAGUCCAAAGGCCAGGGCCAAGAUUUUAUUAAUGAAGUGGCUACUAUUGGAAGAAUUUACCAUGCUAAUGUAGUGCAACUCAUUGGUUUUUGCUUUGAAGGCUCAAAACAAGCUCUCGUGUAUGAUCUCAUGUCGAAUGGAUCCUUGGAUAAGCAAAUUUUCACCAAGGAAGGUGAUAAGUUUCUUGAUUACAAGAAAAUAUAUGAGAUUGCUCUUGGGGUGGCGAGAGGGAUUGAAUACUUACAUCAGGGGUGUGACAUGCAAAUACUACACUUUGAUAUCAAGCCUCACAAUAUUCUUUUAGACAAGAAUUUCACUCCGAAAGUUUCUGACUUUGGACUCGCGAAACUUUAUCCUGCUAAUCAUAGCAUAGUUUCAUUGACUAUUGCAAGAGGGACCUUAGGAUAUAUGGCACUAGAGUUGUUCUAUAGAAACAUCGGUGGUGUAUCUUAUAAAGCGGAUGUCUAUAGCUUCGGGAUGUUGCUAAUGGAAAUGGCAGGUAGAAGGAAGAAUAUAAAUGCAAAUGCAGAACACUCAAGCCAAAUUUAUUUUCCAUUGUGGGUGUAUGACCAAGUCAGUGAAGAAAAAAGGGUUGAAAUAGAAAUUGUAGCAGAGGAAAGGAAGGUGAUAAAGAAGAUGAUAAUAGUUGCACUUUGGUGUAUACAAUUAAAUCCUGACCAUCGGCCUUCAAUGAGCAAAGUCCUAAAAAUGCUUGAUGGAGAUAUUGAUGAGCUCCAAAUGCCUCCAAAACCGCUUAUUUAUCCACCUAAUGUGCCAGUUAACAAUGAUGAAGCUGAGAUGGAGCUGGAAACAUUCUCAACUUCAUCAAGUACUCCGAUAAUUAAUACUAGUUUUCCUUUGGGAGAUACAAAUGAUGUUUAG